AUGGGUGACACGUCGCAUCAGUAUCAACUGUAUGAAGCGUUUCACGCUCUCAAGGACACGGAGUUCACCGGAGAUGUGGCCGACGUGAAGGCUAGACUUCUGGAUAAACUGUUGGCUAUUGAGACUCUAUCUGAUAGAAACGCGACGAGCGCACAACUUCAACAAACAUCACCUCUGACAGCCUUCCCCCACUAUGUAGCGGAAACCUUGCUGAACGCUGGAAUCCGGAUGCAGGGUGGUCGGAAUCAAAGCGGGAUUCUUCACGGUUUUGCGCUAAACAUCAAGGGUCCAAAUGAGCAUCACUCACACCAAGAUGUCGACCCUGACCCUCCGCCGUCCACCGUGUUGUCUUUGCGUCUUGACCACCGUGGCCCUCUUUUGUUUGAGUUCCUGGCGAGGCAUUUCAACUGUAUCAUCUACGAGUUCACCUCGGUUGGAACAGUGGAUCGAUUCGCCCCUGGAGACGACAACACGCCCUGCUUCUCGAUGGGGUUUUUGAGGGCGUGUGAUGGCAUUGGAACGCCCGUGGAGUACUUUGUCCUAGGCCCUGCUCGUCAUGCAGAGCCCCGUCCUUCCUCUACGCCUUCUCCUCCUGUGCCUUUUUACGAUCCCCAACACCCACACCCCGCCAUCCUUCGUCAUGAGAAACGCGCGAGGAAAGGAGCCAAACGGGAUCGGGAGCUGACAGAGUUUGACGAUAGUGCGGCGAUUAAGCUGUAUGCCUCUGCUUGUCGUCACCGGCUGGACAACUUUAUUCUUGCUGAGGCCGACAAAAUUCGGAAAAUGUCGCCCAAGUCCAAUCCCAAGAACAGAAACGCCAUUAUGCAGGAUCUCAAAGCACGUCUGAUGACAAAACCUCAAACCCCCGACGGAGUCUUCACGGAGUACAUGGAGUUGAUGCAAAAGGAGCUCAACAACACCAAAAUCACCCGCAGGAUGGCUGAAGGCAAACUCGGAAAAGGACCGGUGAUGAUUUGGCGACGGGUAGUGAGCGAUGACAUGGAGGUCCGGUGGAAGGAGACAGUCGAUGGAGUAGUUCAAGGGUCCGACUAUCAACCCAAGGGCAAGAAGUCCAUGGGAUCUGCUGCAAGGAACAACGUCACAAGCAGUGAGCACAAGGCCAUGACGCCCCUGGUUGGAUCGUCAUCAACAACAACUCCAAGGCCUUCAGGGGAUAUGGUGGACAAGGCAAGUGUGGAUAUGGACAAGGACAUGGAUGUCGACGAUGGAGGAGAGAGCAACGUCGUGGAUCUUGGCAGCAAGUCCGAUCCUGAUGAGGAUGACGCAGGCCCUAGUAAUGGGUACCAGUCGUUCACCAUGACGCUUCUACAGUCUCUGAGGCCCGAUUUACACGAACAGCACGACGAGAUUGUAGAGAUACUGGAAGCAAAGCAGGAUAUUGCAUCUGAUUUCGCAUCAGACGUUACCCUUCUCGGAAGGAAGGUGGUCUUGGAGGCCGGAUUGCAGUUCAAGGGUAGAACUGAUGAAGGCUUUCUUUUGAGCCAGAUAUUCCCGGCUGGCUUUCAGUCUCGUCUGCCCAAUGUCGAUCUCGAUACUGUACGGGUGCCCGUAGCAGCCCUGGAUCCGGAGCUCGAGAGAUUGAUCGAGACCAAGGACGAUACACCUCGAGGCAAGGAUGUCCGCAGUAUUUUAUCUUCAGUAGCGCUGUCGUUUUUGUCUGUAAGGCACCUUGGCGUCCACGCAGACGAGGACAACACCUCAGGAAACAGAAGCACCUCCUCACCAGUCGACCACGCCUUUUGGCAGGACCUCUCUGACAGCAUACGCGCCUCAAAACGCGGGGCUCGGCAAAAGCAGGAGCGGGACGCCAAGAAGGAGGAGUCGACCAUGAAGACCUCCAAGAGUCGAAAGUGCUGGUGGAAACGUCUGCGAAGCCUACAGUCAGAUUUGGCCCAUUGUCUCCGUCAACCGGGAUCAGACAAGAAGGCAGUCAGACUGAACACCAUCACCAAUGCGUUGCGAGGACUGGCGGGGUCAGAGCCUGAGAUUCUUCAACUUCAGUUGCCAGGCCUGGAGGAACAGUUGGAGGCUAUGGGAAGGACUUCUGCUACGACACCAGUGGGCGAUUCUCUGAUUGACGCGCUAUGCAGCAGAGUUGAAGCAGAAGAUCAACAUUGCAACUUUCUACUGCAAGAAGAGCAGGGUGCCGUUGAAGAUCGGGCAAGAGAUGAGUUGAAACAUGCCUCAAAACCAGUGGAUGAGCGGGUGCUACGGAUGGGAUUGUGUUUGUUGACAGAUGGCGCAUCAGAGUUAUGGGACACCCGCUACCUCAUCAGGACGGCCUACGACAAGGCUACCCAGAAAAACAAGACGCCGUCUCCGUCCACAAUUGAUUGGAAGUCCGAGGUCCACCGUAUGAACGCUGAUGACGCAUUGGCUCAGGCGGAACUAGAUCAAGGCCUUCGGGAACUGGAAUUGGCUGAGAAGAAGGUGAAUGGUCUGCGCCUCAACUUGGAACUCUUGGAAGAGGACAAAAAAGACGCUGCGAGGCGUCGGAGGAAAUUGGGUCGAUUGCGUCGUCGGGGUGAUACAUCGGACGAGACCUUGCAGAGUUUGAGCGUGGCUCGGGCGGAAUUCUCAACUCGUUUGGACAAGUACCAGGCUCACAUCAAACCUGUGCAGGACGCCCAACGUCAGGUCAAGGAACUACGACAGCGAGUCUACUACUGGACAAAACUGCAGUACUACACAACGCCGGAAAAGCCCGACCGCACAACGGACAGCACAUCCAGCAGUUCUGGAGUUCAUUCGCAGCCAACAUGGACAAGGCCCGUGUGUGAAAAUCACACUGAGCGCAUUGAUUUGUCGGAGCUGGUUUCUCGCGGUAGACAUCACGUUACCUUUGGAGCAACAGACCCAGGAAUGGCCAAGAUGCUGCAGACGGUGGGAAUUUCGGUCAGGGAUAUGUCGCGCCGCUUAAACAUCUACAAUAUGCUACAAGACCUUGCCGACACACAGGACACGGAAAGGGCUUUACUCCUCCAACACGAGCUGGCGCAGGAGCUGCAGGAGCCAGUAGCCGUUCCCCCUGUGAUUACUACUACAGCACCUCAAAUCAAUCAUCUCGCACAGUCAACACAGAGUGCCAAAAAGCGACAACGCCGCAUAACCCAGGAUAUAACUGCCGCAUACAACACUCUCAGCAACAAUUCAGUGCAGCAUAUCUACACACCCCAGGACCUGAAUAACGCCCAUGCAGCCAAGUCGGCAACACGGUCCAUUCUGCGCGACUUUGAACGAACUAAGGCGAAUUCCAAGGACAGGAGAACCACAGAACUGCUGACCAAGAAGGCGUAUGCUGCUUUGGCAGCCAAAGAGCGCCGUUUCAUUCAGUCAUGUGAUACUGCGCCAGGGUCAACGACGGUGAACGCGAAUAGGCAGGACUCGUCGACCACCACUACUCCUCCCUUGUUGGUUGAUCUGACAACGGCACCUGCAUCGAGCCAAGUUCCUAUACUUUUGCCAACGGAAUCUGGAUCGCCGAAUGUUACACUAUCGACAACAUCAUCAACCAACCAGCCCUCCCCACCGCUUGAAAUCGACGAUGGCUUUUGCGAAUGUGGCAUGUAUCACAUUUCGAACCAUACCUAUGGAUCGUACCGUCAUGGGUCGCAUUGUCCUCGUCGCUAUCCCAAGGCUCUGCCGGUGAUAUUUUAUGGAGGAGCCGGUACUGGCGUCGGCUCUACCAUCAAGGGCUUUUCAAGGAGAGGAGGAGGAAAGACACGUGAGCAACACAGACGCUACUGUGUCGUGGGCAUAACCAACGAGAAUUUGACGUCUAAACUCUGCUGUGUCUGCCUGGAGCCUGUACGCCUUGCCUCUGCCCGAAGGAUCGUCGGAGGACAGAUCCGCACAGUUCGAAUCAAUGGAAGCGUUAUCUGCCAGAACGCCGUGUGCCCACUUGUUUAUCAACAAAAGGCGUCAUCCAACCGGGAUAGAAACGCAGCCACCUGUAUCGGACUCUCGGGACUUUCAACAUUGCUCUCUACAGACAAUCAGCCGCUGCCUCCUUUUCGGCUGCGAACCCGACCUUCUCGACCAUCAACCCUGCAUGCAGCACACACCAACCCCAACAGCACCAGUGCAACUGGAAUCAACAAUCAAUCCGGCAAUGUGGCUAUGAUCCGCACCCUGUUGGAUCUCUAUGUACAUAGAGAAUAG